AUGGAGAAGGGUAUAAUGAUGUCACAUAUUUACAACGACGAAAAAAUGGUUGUUAGACCAAAAAAAUUGAGAGGAUUUUGGAUGCAUCAUUCACACUUUUUAGAAAAAGGAUUUAAACCUCAACAAUUAUUAACUAAUUAUUCAAUACUUUUACAUUUGGCAAAUGAAGAUAGAGUUAAAGAAAAUGAAUUUAUUUAUCCUUUUUUAAAAAAUUUUAAUAUUAGUGAAAUGGAAAGACAUUCAAAUUUUAUUCUUUCACAAAUGACUAAUAAAAAUUUUAAUGGCCUCCCACGAAAUUUAACUUAUUUCAAUUCAAUAUCAGAAUGUCACCGUUUAAUCUUUGCUUAUUACAAAGCAAUUAAUCCAACACAAUCUCAUUGUCUAUCAUAUAGUUUAUGUGAAUUACCCAAAAUAAAGCAAAGCUGCACAGUUGUGAAAAGUUUUUUUGAAAAGAAAAAAACUAAAAAUACUGGAAAUUUUGUUUAUAUUCGAAUAAAUUCUGAAUUUGAAGAAAGGGAAGGAUGUGCUUCUGAAUAUAGAAGAAUUUAAUGAAAAUAACAAAUUAAUUUAAAAAUUUAAAAUUUUUUUAAAUAAAAAUAUAUUAAACAUAUGUACUAUUAGUGAUUAUUUCUAAAUGCUUGUUUUCACCGGGUAUCGCGGACAGCGAGCAGUUCAUAAAUAAUUUGAAGUUUAUUUUUGGCUAAAAUUUUAUCUAUUAAAGUUGCCCGUCUUUUGUCUAAUCUAAACUUAUUUUUGUUUUUCUGUUUUGAAUUUAAAAUUAUUUCUAUUGUAUUAACUAAGCGCAAAUGUUUAAUUCACUUUUUUAUGUACCAGCCGCCAUUUAUUAAUUUUUAUUUUUGCCAAAUUUUGGGAUGUUGUUUACCUUUAACUUUGUCUACCCGCCUAUUUUUUUGGC